AUGGAGGUGCGAGUAGUGCAGUCAGCGGCCACCACCGCCAAGACCGCCGAAUCUAUCGCCACCUCCUCGUCCGAUGCGCGACCGACAUGCACGCAACUCGCGGCAAUCACGCCGCCCGAAGCGGCGGCCCUCGUGCCCGAGGAGGACUUCUCGGACAUCGAAGAGACGCGCGUAGGUUCCUCGCACCUUCGCGUCCGCCACUGCCACGCCUCCCUUUCUCCUCUCCCUUCCCUGUCUCUCAUCCCCUCUCACCUAAUCACCCCUCUUCGCUGCUCGCCCCCGUCGCCGCCGCUCCUCGUUGCGCCAUCCUUCCGUCUCCGCCUUCCUCUGCCCCAUCCUUCCCUCCGCGCGUACCUCCCGCUCACGACUCUGUCAGCGCGCACGCGCCUCUGUCUCUCUGCGCCUGCGUCCCGCCCCUUCGCCUCCCCCCGGUCGGCUGUCACCCAUACUGUUUCCUUUUGCCAUGUUGUCGCAUCCAUGAUCCAUGCAACGCAGUUCUGGGAGGACGAGGGCGAGGAUGUGGAGGGGCGCAUCGUCGUGCGAAUCGUCGGCAAAUACCUCCCAGCCCACGUCUUCCCCACGGACCACGUGGAGCGCUACAUUCAUUAUAAGCUACACGAGCUCUUCUCAUUGGCCGGCCCCGACCGCCACGUCAGCGUCCUGUACAUCCACACGGAGUGCGAAUCUCUCAAUGACAACCCGCUCCUCGCCUUCCGAGACAUCUUCCAAGGCCUCCCUCCGAGCCUGCAGCAGAGGGUCGGCGCGGUGUACAUCCUACACCCGAGCCUGACUCUCAGGCUCGGGCUCUGGUUGCUGUCCCCAUGGCUGAGUGACAGCUUGUAUUCCCGCAUGGUGUGUGUGAGCCGGGUGGAGUUCCUAUGGGAGCACAUACAGGAGGACCAAGUGGACCUGCCUGAUUUCUGUCUGGCGCACGAUGGCAAGCUGGAAGCGCACCCGCUGCUGGACUACGGCUUUCAGCUUGAUAGAGUAACAGCCGGCCAGCACCUGCCCGUGGGGCUCUAG